AUGAUUUUCAAACCCGGAAUUCUGAUUUUCUUUUUUAUCAUCAACGGUGUUACCAGCCAGGAUGAGUCUUUCGCAAGCACUUUUCUCUCUGGUCUCCUGGAAACCCUUGACACCCAAGUGGACGUCAAGAACUGCCCCGGCACCUGCCGGCACUCUUUGGCCGCCAUAAUGUGCACCCAGGUCCUGGACCAGGUGGAAUGUCCGAAGCCGACCAUGAAGUGUUGUAUCGAGGAGCCUUUGGACAACAGUACCCUGAACAGCGAGAGACCCACCACCUCCCGGUACACCCCCCUGGACUCGGAGGAGGAGGACUCCACCACGGAGGCGCCUGACAAAUACAAAGACAGUGGUAACAUAGCCUGCCCAGGAGUCUGCGUGGAGAACCACCUCCUCCUCUACUGCCAAGCUUACCUGACGUCGCCGAACCUCUGCGUGCAGGGCCGCCAGUGCUGCGUCACCACGGACCGGUACGGGGGCAAGCCACCCCCCGACCUGGUGGUACCCAGCGAGAAGAAACACCCCACGAAGAGGCCUAGUACCGCUCUCACCACGACAGCCCCGCCGAAAUCGCCAGGCAAAGAAUGCAAUGGUGACUGCAUGAGCGCCUUGUUCGCCUUGCUCUGCGAAGACAUUGACGACGACGCGACAUGUCCCGACGGGAACACGUGCUGUCUCCGAGAGCCCCAGGAGGUCAAAGAGAAACCCAAGGUCCCUAAGGUCCCCACCACGCCGCGGCCUACUGCCCCGCCCCCCCUCCCGCGCUGCCCAGGGUACUGCGUGCUGAACAUCAUGGCGGCCUUCUGUGAGCGACCCGCUGUACUCGUGUCCAACACCCAUUGCAAACAUAGCGGCACUAUAUGCUGUGAUACGCGGCCCACCACGACCACCACCACCACCACGACGAGCGCCCCGCCUCCCGCGGACCCCCGCCCCGACUGCCCCGGCUCGUGUAUAGUGUCACUGCUGUCAUUCACAUGCUUCCGUAACGCGGAAAUGACGGACGUGUUCAAAUGCAAGAAGACCGGCACCCAGUGCUGCGCGCCCAAGUCCAAGAUCCAGGAGGUGCUGGGGGUGCGCGAGCGCAACGAGACCUACCCCCUGGCGACCAGCGCGGCCACGCAUUACACCCACUACACCACAGCACUCGCCCAUCCUCACACUACACCUGUUGCACCCUACGAACCCAGCUACCCCGGAUCCACGCUGAAGGUGCCAGAGAAAUACAACAAGUACGUGUGCGGAGUCAAAGGCACCUCGGCCAGGACCGGCCGCGUGAUGGGCGGCGAGGACGGCGAGAGGGGGGAGUGGUGUUGGCAGGUAGCCCUCAUCAACUCCCUGAACCAGUAUUUGUGCGGAGCCGCCCUCAUUGGGACCCAAUGGGUGUUGACGGCCGCUCACUGCGUCACCAACAUCGUCCGCUCCGGGGACGCCAUCUACGUCCGGGUGGGGGACCACGACCUGACCCGCAAGUACGGCAGCCCCGGGGCGCAGACCCUGAGGGUGGCCACCACCUACAUCCACCACAACCACAACAGCCAGACCCUGGACAACGACAUUGCCCUGCUGAAGCUGCACGGAAAAGCUGAACUUAUGGAGGGAGUAUGUCUAGUUUGCCUGCCUGCUAGAGGGGUGAGCCAUGCGGCCGGGAAGCGGUGCACUGUCACAGGAUACGGGUAUAUGGGAGAAGCGGGUCCUAUUCCCCUGCGCGUGCGCGAAGCUGAACUGCCAAUCGUGAGUGACGCAGAGUGCAUCCGCAAGGUAAACGCAGUUACAGAGAAGAUCUUCAUCCUGCCCGCGAGUUCUUUCUGCGCUGGCGGCGAAGAAGGGAAUGACGCGUGUCAGGGCGACGGCGGAGGUCCCCUCGUGUGUCAAGAUGACGGCUUCUACGAACUCGUGGGGCUCGUGUCGUGGGGCUUCGGCUGCGGCCGGCGCGACGUUCCCGGCGUCUACGUCAAAGUCUCCUCCUUCAUCGGCUGGAUCAACCAAAUUAUAUCCGUCAAUAACCUAUAGCGAUGACCCUUAUUUUAACCCCGUUAAGGGUGAAUUUGGUUUGAAUGUUAGGUUUUAGUGGAAUAGAAAUCUGAAUAGUCAAGUUAUUGUUGAGAUUUCUAUGUUAAAAAACAUAGACGUACAUCUAGCUAGAGCUGAGAAUAUAAUAAAUAGUACUGUGCAUUCCA